AUGGCGGACGCUGCUGAAGCAACCCAUGCUUAUAGGCGACUGGUUGACAGUCUCUUGACCCAGGCCGAACAAGUCAAACCUGACAAGCAGAUUGAACCCCCCUUGACGGAGGCGCACCUCGGCGACUCUUUCUGGCGAAUUCAGGGAGAGGAUGGGCAGAUCGCGAAGCGGUUCAAUCAACAAACACAGUUUGCUACUGUUGAAAUAGCUUUCAGAGAGAAGUUCUAUCAUAUUCUCGCUCAUACGUCAAUUGACGAUCCCGGCUUCAUCCAGAUCUGGAACCUACUCGACAUCAUUUCCAUCUUUUCCGAUAACGAGCAAUGCGAACCAGGUCUGAUUUUCUGGCUCAUCGAGGAGCUGCUCGAUAGCCAGACUAUAGAUGGCUGCCGCAAAGUUUUCGAUUACUUGGAAUCCCGGAGGGAGCGGAAUACAAAAGUAUGUGGCAUUUUGGUGCCUGCUCCCUUACAUGUGAAACUCGCUAACAGUACCGAAGAAACACUUCAAACAGAAAAGCCUGAUUAUCCUUAG